AUGCUAAUAUGGAAAAAGAACACAAAGAUCUAUUAAGGCGGAAUUUCAUGCAACUUGCAGAAGACAUGAAAAAUGGAAUAACAUUUAUUUGUAAAGACUUGAAAAAUCAGAAAAUCAUUGCCCCACACAUGGAGGAAAGAAUUAUAGAGAAUCCAACUACAAACAGAGAAAAGGCAAUGCUUUUACUAGAACUUCUUCCCAGCAGAGGACCCCAUGCCUUUGAUGCUUUAUAUAAUGCUGCUGUACGUUAUGAAUUAAUUGAAACUGCAAACAUUUUAAAACCUAAGCAACACUUUCAACAACCAGCUACAUUGCCUGUACAACAAGCAGUACCCCUAGAUGAGGAUGAGCUCCCUGAUACAUGGCCGUCAGAGCAAGAUCUGAAUAAACAUGAUGUACGGCUAAUUGAAGCUAGUGAUCAUCAUUUGAUAUCCCAGCACAAAAACUCCUUAACACCCAGGGGGCAGACCCACUUCUACACGAUGAAAUGUAAAACCAGAGGCUUAGUUUUAGUGAUUAAUAAUGAAAAUUUUGACAAACUUGAGGAUCGAGAGGGAACACUAGCAGAUAGAAGAAGCAUUGAGACAGUCUUUAGGAAACUUGGUUUUGAGGUUGAAGUACAUGGUAAUAAAAAGUGUGAGGAAAUGACUGAUGUGCUACAGGAGGCAGCCCGUCGAGAUUACAGUUCUUUAGAUUGUUUUAUUCUUUUUAUAUUAACUCACGGGGAGGAUGGAGUUGUUUUUGGGGUAGAUGGUUAUGUUAAAGAUGAUAAGCCUAUAAAUGCAGUUCCGAUAAAGGAUAUUAGAAAUUGGUUCCGUGGCUCCAUGUCACUUCGAGGAAAGCCAAAAAUAUUUUUUAUUCAAGCUUGUCGAGGAAAAACACCAGAUGCAGGUGUAUCACUUAGUAGUGCAGAGAGUGACCGCAACCUAGCGAAAGACACAAUUGAAAGCUUCAAGCCCCAAAAUGCUGCGGAUGCUAGUGGAGGAAAAAUAGCUUCAGAUGCAGAUUUUUUCAUCGCCAUGGCAACAACAGCAGGCAAUCUGUCAUGGAGGAAUAAAAAAUUUGGAACUUGGUUUGUACAAGCUGUGGUUUACAUAUUCGCCAAAUACGCUUACAAGAAUGAUCUAAAUAAGCUGAUGACACAGGUGAAUAAUCUAGUGGGAAGAGCUGAAACAUUGAAAGGACAAUAUAAACAAGUGGCUGAGAAAACAGACACGUUCCUAAAGACUUGUUACUUUUUUCCUGGGUUAUACCUAGACAAAACAUAAACCUAACUCGAAAGAAUUUGAAUUGUAAACCUAUGAAUUUUUUCAACAAAGAUUUCAUAUGUGCCUGUGUGUUUUAAGAAAUCUCUAAUUACAAUAGCUGAUUAUUACCUGGGUAAUGUACUUCAUCUCAUCUAGAAGAGUAGAGCUCAGGUAAUUUGUUUUAUACCUCAAAAGGAUUAUGUGACAAAGUGAACUGGGCAAAUGCCAACUGUACUAUGAAUAACUGGGCUGUUUCAAA